UUUAUUUUUGUAAAGGACUAUUAUCCUGAGGUGUUUGUUAUUUGUGGGUGGGUUCUGGCUUCACCUCAGCUGAGCGGUGGCUCGUAUUUCAAAGCGGAACUCAAGUUGACUUUGAGCUGAGUGUGUUUCCACACGAGCAGAUAAUCGCGUUUGUCAGCCUUACGUAGCGGAGAUGGCAGCCCUCCGAACGGCACUCAAUGGACGACUUCUCCAGACACUCCCCUUUUCCUUUGGCUCACUGCGGUUUGCCAGCUCCUUUAAGGCAGCAGAUCUCGUCAUCGAACGCAACACAGCAUGCAAGCCCAAGCCCGACCCCUCCACCUUGGUGUUCGGAAAGCAGUUCUCCGACCACAUGUUGACCAUCAGCUGGUCGGAGAAGGACGGCUGGGAUGCUCCUCAGAUCAAACCUUUCCAGAACCUGUCGCUGCAUCCUGCCAGCUCGGCCCUGCACUACUCCAUAGAGCUGUUUGAGGGCAUGAAGGCGUUCCGCGGAGUAGACAACCACAUCCGUCUGUUCAGACCCAUGCUGAACAUGGCAAGGAUGCAUCGAAGUGCCGAGAGAAGCUGCCUUCCUUUGUUUGAUAAAGGCGAACUGCUGGAGUGCAUCAGGAAGCUGGUGGAGGUGGAUCAGGAGUGGGUUCCCUACUCCCUGGACGCCAGCCUCUACAUCAGACCCACCUUCAUAGGAACUGAGCCGUCUCUCGGCGUGUCUCGGCCAGGAAAGGCUAUGAUCUUUGUCAUCGUCGGCCCGGUGGGACCUUACUUUGCCACGGGGUCCUUCAACCCCGUGUCUCUGCUGGCUGACCCUUCAUUCGUCAGGGCUUGGAAAGGAGGCGUCGGGGCCUAUAAGAUGGGAGGUAACUACGGUCCUACGAUAGCGGUGCAGAACGAGGCGGUGAAGCGCGGCUGUCAGCAGGUCCUGUGGCUGUACGGAGAGCAGGAGGAGAUCACCGAGGUCGGCACCAUGAACCUUUUCAUCUACUGGACCAAUGAGAAAGGAGAGAGAGAGCUGGUGACCCCUCCUCUGGAUGGCAUCAUUCUCCCAGGAGUCACCAGACAGUCUCUGCUGGACCUGGCCAGAGACUGGGGUGAGUUUAAGGUGACGGAGCGCGCAGUCGUCAUGAAGGAGCUGUUGGAGGCUCUGGACGCUGGCAGGAUCCUGGAGGUGUUUGGAGCAGGGACCGCCUGUGUCGUCUGUCCUGUCGGCAGCCUGCUCUACAAAGGAGAGACGCACCAGAUCCCGACGAUGCAGAACGGUCCUGACCUGGCAAAGAGGUUCUACAAAGAGCUUACUGAUAUUCAGUAUGGACGCAAACCACGUGACUGGGCACCUUUGGUCGUUUAAAACGGCCACAUUGCACACGCCAGUCGCAUCAACAGUUAGUCGCAUUAUUCCACUUUGGACGACCAGCAGCUCCCGACCCUCCCUUCUCUCUCUCUGUCAAACUCACUAAUGCACUCCUGCUUUCUUAACCAGCCGAGGAGACGGACGCCUCUCUCUCUCUCUCUCUCUCUCUGUCGGUCUUCUCUGGCGACUCUCACAGAUGUUCCCGACCUGUGUGGACUCUCAUAGGAAAACGGUUGGUGGUUGGAACGUAACAGCUCGCUUUGGGAAAAAGCAAUAUUAACAACAAUAUGCAAUGUUUUGUCUCGGGAUGACCCUCAAUCUCCAGUCCGCUGUCAUUGGAAAGUAAAACAAAAUAACAACAACAAAAAAAAAAGCGGUCGAGAUGAUCAGGACAUAAAGAUGAGAUCUGCUUAAAGGCAGCACUCUAUCUAAAUGUCUGUCUUUGGAUUCACGUCCAUUGGAGGACAGUGCUUGUACCCAGUUAAUAGCACAAACAUUCAUUGUCAUUAACGCUGCAUUCUCACACUAACAAGAAAAGGCACAAACUGAUAUAUUUCAGACAUAGGAGGUAAAAUAUUACAAUACUAGAGCAGCUACAUAUCACCUCUAGUACUUAACAGUAGAAACUCAGCCUCUUGGCGCUGAGCCUUCUGUAGUUGUGCUGUUUCUGAACAGCAUCAAAAUGUGUUCACGCAACAGGGAAAAAAAAAAACAAAACAAAAAAACUGUAUUCACAAUAACCUGUGCUACUUGCAAAACCUGUUGUGUGUUUUUUCUCUGAAACCUUUUAAUUGUUACACGUGACCCGUAAACGCGUCGUAGGAGAUGUUUUUCGUUACUCGUCGUGUACAUAAUGAGCCGAGAGAGUGCUGCCGAAGUCUUUUUAAUGGGGGCCACGUCACCUUGACAACCAGAGUUUUGCACUGAGCUUGUUUUAAUGUCAGGUUCGUGUCCGAGUGUGACUCAGCCUUUUUUUCUUUUUUAUUUAGAGAGGAGACGAAGAGUUGGUUUUUUAUGCACUGGUGGUUAUCGUUUGCUAAGAAUGCACAAAAAACAAACAAACAAAAAACAACUAAAGAUUGAGAUUUUAAGAAGAAAAAAAAAAGGCGAUGGUUGAAGUGAAUUUUUAGCGCGCACAAAUGAAAGGUCGACAGCGGGCCUAAGAGAUGAACUGUUGAUGGCGGCAGUUACUCCUGCACUAGUUCGUGUGUUAUCAUUAUGAAAACAAGUAUAGUAACAAGUAGACUGUGCUGUUACGUUAGAAGAAAUUAUUAUUUUUCCUCCCCUUGUUUUGGAUUUAGGCCGACUGUCUUCCAGAGUACUUGACUGUGUUUUCCUUUUGAAUGUAUUGUAUUUUUACACACACACACACACACACAUACAACUCACCUGUCCCUCUUCUCUGUCUAAGUGCCUAACCUCAGUCUGUUAGCCUGUUUCUUCUAAGGAUCUUCAGCUGCUGUUUUGUGUUUUCCUGAUUGUGCACUAGGGGAUACGUAGCUGGAUUGUAUGAGUAAUGUCGGUUUAGGUUUUUUUCUUGUUUUUUUUUUUUUUUUUUUUAAUGUGCUGUUACUUUUACUGUUACUCUGUUUUAUGUUUUUACAAUAAACCUGAUUUGAGUUCA